GUCCUUUCUCUCUAUUUCCUCUUUCAACUUUCCCUCUAUUCCACAACCAUUUUAUCUCCCUGCUCUCUCCACUUAAAUUUCUUCCAAACAGGAUUGCUUGGAGCCAUGGUGAUGAUGGGGUUAGGUAGGUUGGUGGUGAGCUUCAAGUCUAAGCUAAAGAGUCUGAAAGCGAAGAAACUUUAUGACAAGAUUGAAAAGAGUGAGAGUAUGAGAAUUGAGAUAAAGAGUAGGAAGGCCCGGAAGCUCAUCGAGCAGACCCUCAAGAUUGCAGAUUCUCCAAAGAGCAGGACGUAUGCCUUUUGAUUACUGCUAUAUAUACUUGUGUUAUGUAAGUAACGAUGAUUAUCAAGAGAAAUGAAUAUCAAGCCUCUGCUUACUUGUUGCAUCUAAUUAUUUUUUAUUACAUGCUUGUGCUACAUCAGUUGAUAAACUACAACAAGAAAUAAUUUUCCGUUUC